CAGUCAUUGACGAAAGCGGAAAUAAAGAAGCUCUGGUUGCUGUUUUGCAUUUAUGUGAAGCUUAGUGUUGGGGAAAAAUAUACAUAUACCAUAUGCUAGUGAAUGUUGUUUUAAAAAAUAAUUAUUAGACUGUGGCUAAAUUAACGCUUGGGGUGUCGAUAUGGAGAAGGACCCGGAUGCGGAGUGUGGCACCUCCGCUUCAUGUACGGCCAGUGGGAAAUCUAAGCUGGACACAUUGUCCAAAGAUGACCUCAUUAAAUUUGCAAAAAAGCAGAUGGGUGCAAUGAAGUUGUUAAAGUCAAAGUGUGCAGAUUUAGAAGAGAAAGUUGAAGCACUGAACGUUCUUCAAGGUGGGACUUCCAAUGAUUCUGUAAUACAGGAGCUGACUGAGAGAAUGGAUGCUGUACUGCUUGAGAAAGCAGAGACUCAACAGAUGCUUGUGUUACUGCGCAAAGAAAAUGAAAAGCUGAGAAACCAAACAGAAGAGUCAAUGGAGAAGUUGGCUGCUCUCCAGCAGAAACUGGAUCAUGCUGAACCGGACCACACUGAAAAGAUAAAGCUUAUGGAAGAACAGUUUGAAACCUCAGAAACAAAGUACAGAGAGGAAUUGGAGUUCUUUAAAAAAUUGGCAAGUGAAAAUGAAGAACUCCAGAGAUGUAGACUUCAGGAAGACUUUAAUUCUAAAAUUGAAGCAAUUCGUCAAGAAUAUGAGAGCAAGAUAUCUGAUUUGGAGCAGUAUCUGGAAUUGGCUAAAAAAGAAUGGACAACUGAGAAUGAAACUCUUAAGGAUACUCACCAGAUAGCUCUCCGAAAAACCCAAGAAGAUAUCGACAGUUUUCAGGAAACGAUUUCAAGGCUGACCCGACAGCAUGAAGAUGAGGUUAGAUAUCUGGAAGAACAGCUUGAAAUCAGUGCUGCACAUUUUGAUAUGGAGAGAGAGAGGCUGUUGCUGGUCCAGGAAGAGCUAUCAGAGCAAAUAGCACUUAAAGAGAGCUACCUCCAGGAUGUUCAAGAGGAAGAGGAAGACCUCAACAGACGGACCCAAAAACCAUCAGAAUUGAUUAAGGCAUUGGAUUCUUCUGUAUUAGAAGACCCAGAGAAUGAAAUGGACAAAUUGAGAUUAGCACUGCAGGAUUUACAGUCACAAAACACAAUGCUUAAAGAGGAGCUCACCUUUCUCACUAAUGUGAAGACGGAGCUUGAGGGUGAUCUGAAACAUUUAAAGGAGGAGUUCAGCAUGGAAAGGGAAGAACUGGAGUUCAAGAUUAAUGAAUUGCAAAUGACUAAAGAGGAAGGUGAGAUUUGCACUGAAAAGGAGGUUAAUUUCAUGAAUGCAGUAGAGACUGUACGUCUUGAAGAACAUGAUAAGAUUCUUCAAGAAUUAAAAGAGUUACACAAAGCAGAAAUGAAAGAACUAGAGGCUCGUCUUAUUUCCAAUAAUGAGCGGGAAAAAGAAGCAAUUGUUCAAGAGGCACAAGAUCUGCAACACACAUGUAAGGUGCUUUCUGAGGAGAAAAAAGCUAUUGUCAGUGAAUAUGAGCACACAAAAGAAAUUCUGAGAAAUAUUGAGAUGGAACUUGGAGACAGAACGUCUGACUUUGUAAAGAAAUAUAAUGCCAUGAAGGAGCAGGCAGCAGUUUCAGUUCAGGAGUUAGAGGAAAAGCUCAGAGAGAAAGAUCGUAUAAUAGAGAAACUAGAGUGCUUAGAGCAAACACAGGAUAAUUCAGAGCAAAAACUGUGGCAGAAGGAGGACGUUGUUCCAGAGGACAAAGAAGUCCACAUGUUCAUGCCGUCAGACAAAGAGAACAAGGUGAGACUUGAAGAAAUAUUAAUAUACAUAGAAAAAAUACAAGAUGAAUGUAAGCAUAGAGGUAUGGACACUGCCCAGAUCACACUUCAGAAGUUGGAAGACUUGUCAGUGACUUUGGAAGGUGCCUUAGAUGAAAAGAAAAGUCUGAGGAGUUGUAUAGCUAAGUUGGAGAGCCAGCUCUCUCUCUCAGCUCAUGAAAAAGAUCAACUGGCCAAAGGUUGCAGUACUUCAGUAGAGGGCUUGGCUGUGUCAAAUGAGGAAAUGGCUGAACUACAAAGAGAUCACCAGUCUGCAUUACAAGAGCAGGAUGCUCUAAGAAAGGAUCUGGAGACUAGUGAAGAAAAACUUUUCGAGGCCCGGAAGCAAAUCUGUUAUAUACUUGCACAGAACUACUCUGUGAAAAUAGACGAUGAGGAAGACAUCUCUGUAUUGCUAAACCAUCUCGUAUCCAGUGUUGAAGAAGAUAAAUCUACCUGUAUUGCAUCAAAUGAGGAAAAAGCUAAACUACAAAAAGACCUGCAAGCUGUGUCUGACGAGAGGAAUAAUUUAAAGAUGGUAAUAGAAAAUAGCGAAAGAAGACAUUUUGAUACACAAAGGCGUGUCUGUGAAAUACUGGAGCAGCAUUACUCUGUGAAAAUAGUCAGGGAGGAAGACAUGUCUGUAUUGCUGAACCACCUUGUGUCUAGCAUUCAUGAAGAAAAAAAGAAUUACAUUAUGUUAAAUGAGGAAAAGAUUAAACAACAAAGAGACCUUUUGAGCAUGGUUGAAGAAAGGGAUGAUCUAAAGAGGUGUAUGGAAACCCAUGAAAGAAAACUUUCUGAUGCACGGAAGAAUGUCUGUGAAAUGCUGGAGCAAAACUACUCUGUGAACAUAGAUGAAGAAGAGGACAUCUCUGUGUUGCUGAAGCAUCUCCUGUCAAAAGUUCAAGAAGAAAAACUGAUAUUAACACAGGAGUUGGAUGAAAAAGCAGUACAGUUGUCACAGCAAAACCAGCAAGCUGAGCUCAGUGAUGACGGGUACUUACAGAAGACCAGUCUAAAUGAAGUUCUGUCAGAUACAGAAAAUUUGCAAGGGGACCAAAAUGAGCAGGUUGAAAUAACAGGGAGGUUGGUGGGCCAAGAACAUGAAGAACCUGCAGUUGAAGGUGGUGCUCAGGAAACUGAUGACAUGAAAAGGCUCCAACAGAAGCUAAGUGAAAAAGAGUCCACAGUAGCCUAUCUAAAGGAAGAAAUUUCCCAUUUACAGGAAUCCAAGCUAUCUACACUCAAUGAAAAUAUGAGGCAAAUAGAGUUUUUAGAAAAAGAAAGCAAAGAGAAAGAAGAACGUUUGAAUAAAUUCAAAGCUGUUGCUGUGAAAGCAAGGAAGGAAUUGGACAACAGCAAAAAAGAGGUAACUAGACUUAAAGAAGAAUUGGACUCUUUGAGAACCGAAAGAGACAAAAUGUCAGACUCCAUGAAGGCCAUCAUCCAUGGUGCAGAGGCCUAUAAGAAUCUUAUGAUUGAUUAUGACAAGCAAACUGAGCUGUUGGAUAAAGAAAAAGAGAAACUGGAUGCAUCAGAAAAACUGGUUGGUGAUUUGACCAAACGUCUACAUGUAGCUGUGGAAGAGAAUAAGCAACUUUCUUCUGAGAGAGAAGACCUGAUGGCUCAUAUUGCGACUCUCCAAAGUAAUGUUCGACAGCUUGAGGCACAGGCUCUUGAGAUGCACAAACUCAAAUCUUCAGUGGAGAGAGACCUGGAAGCAGAAAGGCUUUUGAAGGAGCAAAAAACAAAGGAGCAUGUGUGUGCUGUGAAGGAAGUUGAGGAGCUCCACAUUUUACUGCAGAAACAGAAACAACAGUUGCAGCAGACAGAGCAAGAGUUGGAACAGCUUAGGAAGGAUGCCCAGCAGAGCACUUUGUUGGACAUGGAGAUGGCAGAUUAUGAGCGUCUGGUCAAAGAGCUCAACCUGCAGCUCUCUGACAAGGACAGACUGCUGGAAGAACAGGAAAGACAAACACAAGCUCAGAGAGAGAGGGAGGAGAAACUGAACCAGGAAAUAGCAUCUUUAAAGUCACUUGUGGACAUCGGAGAGGAGAAGACCGCAAAGGUUAAGCAGCUGCUGGUGAAAACUAAGAAGGAUUUGGCAGAUGCCAAGAAGGAAGAAGCAUCUCAGAUGAUCCUGCAGUCUUCUCUGAAAGGGGAAUUAGAGGCCAUUCAACAGCAGUUAGAGAAUUACAAGAUUCAGUGUAGUGAACUGACUGCAGGUCGGCACAGGCUUCAGGAACAACUAAAGUCAGUGAGUGAUCAACAUCAGAAGUCAGUCACAUCCUACCAGCACCAAGUGACCACUUUACAGAAUGAUCUGAGCUCUACAAAGGCUGAAUUUGAGUCAACAAAGUCUGAGUUUGAGAGUUACAAGGUGCGAGUACACAAUGUGCUCAAGCAGCAGAAAAAUAAGAGCUCUGCUCAAAGUGAUGGUGAUUUUUCCAAACAGGACAGGGAGAACAUGGAGACCAUGCUGGAGCAGUUGAGGUCCAAACUGCAAGAAAGUCAACUUAAUGCACAGAGCUGCAAUGCAGAGCUGCAGCAGCUUCAGACUGAAUAUGACACACUUUUGGAGCGUCACAACAAAAUGUUACAGCAGACCAUCACUAAAGAGGCUGAACUGAGAGAGCGGUUACUGUUACUGCAUUCAGAGAAUGUAGCACUAAAAUCAGAGCACAGCCAGUCAGUAGCACAGCUAACAGCACAAACAGAAACAUUGCGUAGUAGCUUCCGGGAACAGCUACACCACUUGCAAGAUGAACAUCGCAGCACUGUAGAGACCCUGCAGCACCAGAUCACCAGCCUGGAGACCCAGCUGUUCCAGCUGCAAAAGGAGCCUGCCACUUCUGCUGCUCAGCAGCAGAGCAAAAAGCCACAGUCAGAAAAGAAGCUUUCAGAUCUGCCUUUAUUUGAGAUGAACAUGGCGCGAGAGGAAGGUGAGGGAAUGGAGACAACAGAAACUGAGUCUGUCUCCACAGCAGGGACUCCCCCACCCAGUCUCGAGCAGCUCCUCACUUCACCUGACCCAAAACAUGAGCCCUUUGUGUGGCAGGUGGAGCCCACGAAGGAGGAGCUAACUAGCAAACUGAAUACAGCCACACGCAGCAUGGAGCACAUGAACAGCCUGUUACAUGAGAGUGAAGCCACCAAUGCCAUCCUCAUGGAGCAGAUCAACCUCUUGAAGAGUGAGAUGCGUCGUCUAGAGCGGAAUCAGGAGCGAGAGAAAUCAGUUGCAAACUUGGAGUAUCUGAAAAAUGUGUUGCUGCAGUUUAUCUUCCUUCGUUCUGGCAGUGAGAAGCAGGCGCUGCUGCCUGUCAUACACACAAUGCUACAACUCAGCCCAGAAGAGAAGAGCAAACUUUCUGCGAUUGCACAUGGUGAAGAAGAGGCUGCAGCAUCUAGAGGAUCCGGUUGGACGUCAUAUCUUCACAGUUGGUCUGGCAUCAGAUAAGAACCCAAAACCUCAAGUAUCCAUGAUCCAUCUAUAUAAAAAAAAAAAGUCCUCUGUAUUUUUUUUAAAGAAUAUUUUUAUUAUUCUUGUAAAGACAGUAUGGAGUUGACUUGUGUAGCAUAAAAAUCAACAGCUUACAUUUUUAAACACCUUUUAAUCAGCUUUCCCUGUUAUAUGUGAAGGUAACCCAAGUGGUUAAUAUGUAAUAUCUAAAGCCACAAUGAUUAUCAAUAACCAAAAAUUUGUUAAAAGUUGUUAAAGCAUUAUACUGAAGUGUUGAAACUGUCAUUAUAAAUCUACUGUAUCAUCUUGUAAUUAUAAUCAACAAUAAAUUGUGUCAUGUGAA